GUCUUAGUUUUCAUUAUAAGAAGUGAUACAAAUAAACUGAAUCAUUAUUAAUAUUAACUUAGUAGUGAUAUAAAGUGAAAUGGAGUGUCUUGAUAUAGCAAACAAUUGCCGGGCAUGCCAAGAUAAGACGCAGGAAGAGUCUCAAAGAAUAUUCAUCUUUAACACAGUGAAGCUCCCAGAUAUCUUCAAAGAAACCACAUCCCUGGACAUUCAUGAGAACGAUGGACUACCUAAAGUACUUUGCACAGCUUGCUACGAUCGCCUCCUGGAAGCUUACAACUUCCGGAAAAUGUGUUCCGCUGCUGUUCUGUACUUCCAAAAGAUCCUGUCAAUGAAUGUUCCGGAAGAGAAAUGCACCCCAUCUGAAAAUCUAACUGAUGUUCAUUUGAGAGAUACAACGCAGAUGAAUAUAAAGACAGAACCAGUUUCAGAUCUAAACGAUCCAAGCUUCCCACCGGAUAGCCCGGAUAGAGGCGAAUCUCCCAGUAACCUUUCCGAUACAAUAUCGAUAGAUGAUAAACUCCCAGAAAACUUGAAGAUAGAUCCGGACGACGCUUCUUUGAUCCUCAGAGAGACAAACAAAAAGCAAGAGGAUUCCCCUGUGAAGAUAAGAACUCCAAUUCUCGAGGACGACCAGAAUAACCUAGUCUGGUGUGCCCUCUGCAACUCGAAGUUCCGUAAAAAAUUUUCACUGGAGAUGCACAUGAGAGUGAAGCAUCUAGGAUUGAAAGCUUGUGAGUGCGAAAUUUGUGGAAAACAGUUUACUUUUCCUGGCUUAAAGUAUCACAUGAAUACCAAGCACAACAAAAGAGAGCAGUUUCCAUGCCCGGAAUCAAAAUGCAGAAGGCAAUUUAAAACCGCAUUAGGUCUUAGUAAUCACAUGAAGAAAAUACAUAAUCUGAAGAUUUCUAUAGUUCCCAUAAAGAAAAAAGUGGAAGAUGAGGUCCGUAGGAAUGAAUUUGAGACAUCCUCCUCCUUCAGAACCGACAAUUUAACUAAAAAAGCUGCAACUCCUCUUUCCAAGGAGAUUUCAGUGCAAUCCAGUACGCAGAAUAAUCCAAGCACAAGUGACGAAGAUAAUAAAAAAGACCUAUGCCCAAUUUGUGGGGUAAAGAGAGUAACAACUAUGGGGAUGAAAAACCACGUGAAGACUCACAAGAAAGAUAGAAUGUGGUAUUGCGUCUAUUGUCCUUACAAAUGCCAUAAAAGAACGAGAUUAACUAGCCACACAAAAACAAUUCAUAAAGGAAUAAAAGAAUUCCAAUGCUCGCAUUGUGAGUUGUCUUUCACAACGAAAAAGGCUGUGGAAGAACACUUGUUGCGUCGCAAAGGCAUAAAGAAUUUUCAGUGCACUUUCUGUGGACUCAAGACGGUCACAGACAAAGAGUUAAAGAUCCACGUAAACACUCAUACGAAGGAAAAAAUGUGGUAUUGCGAACAUUGUCCUCAUAAAACAGCAGCUAAGAAAAGUUUGGCAAGGCACGUAAGGAUAGUUCAUCAAGGAAUCAGGAAUCAUCACUGUCCUCAGUGUCACAAAUCCUAUGGAUCCACCUCAAGCUUGAAAAAUCAUAUAAUGAUCCACACAGGAGAACGUCCAUAUGCCUGUGAUGAAUGUGGCAGGAAAUUUAAACGAAAGGACAUCCUCACAGGUCACAUGAAAACUCAUCAACCUAAAACCAAGAGAACAAAAAAGUCCAGAACGAAGUCUAGAGGGAAAUCCAAAAUCAAGUCCAAACCCGAAUCUAAAACUAACGUCCAAAGUCAAAAAGUGAAGUUAUAAUCUAAGUUCUAAGUCUAAGUUAUACGGGCUUCAGACCUAAGUCAUAUGGUCAUAUGGCUUACUGCUCUAAUUUCUUAUCAAUCAUUCUUAUUUUUCAUGUUAGGAAGUGAAUGAUGCGGUUGGUUGUGCAAGACUAAAUUUUUAUUCAAUUGUCAAUAUAUUAAUUAGCGAAUGAGGGAAAUUGGAGUAAGGAAUGGAGUGGGAAAAAGGUGGAACUGGAAUAUAAGAAGAAAGUUGCAAGGGCUUUGCAACAUUUUCCUCCCCAUAUAGGGAGUUUCCGAAGGAAACAAAUGUUAAAGUUGUGGAAAUCGAUUGGAAAUCGAAGUGUAGUGGGUGGGAUAGAAUACAAUACAAAAGUUGGUUAGUCUUACAAAUUUUACAGUACAUUGGCUUUAUAAAUUGAAGUUAAAUUUACCCAAAUCGAUAUUCAAAAUUCCUGUUUAUAGUCAUUCAUAAUUAACCCUUUGUUCAAGGAUAAAUAUGGA